AUGUCGAGGGGAGCCUUGAGCAAACGGCAAGUGUGCCGCACACCAUCUGGAACACGGUGGGCCAAGGAAGACGCCAUGGUGCAGAUUGGAGCUGGUGUCGGCCGGAGUGUGAUGGCGGCUGUGCGGUCGAUGGCAAUGGCGGUGAUGGCGGUGGUGACAGCGGAGCUGAGCUGCGCAACUACACUGGUGCACGAGAUACAGCAGCAGCAACACCAAGCACACCCACAGCAGCAACAACAACACAUGUACCAUGUGCCAUCCAAAGCAUCCAUGAUGGGCUCACCUUGCUAG